AUGGUAUGCCAGAAAUGCGAGAAUAAAACUUCGAAGCUUGCAGCGCCAGACCCCUUCAAAUCCUCGUCCGAAGCAAUCAAGGAGGGCUCACGCAAGGUCGGCGAGAAUAAACUACUGUCGAGGCCUGGGAGCUCGAAGAACAGGUUUCAACCAUACCAAGGCAAAUGCAAGGACUGUAAGUCAACGGUGACACAGAACAAGGCGAAGUACUGCCACGGAUGUGCAUAUAAGCGAGGUGCAUGUGCUAUUUGCGGCAAGAAGGUCCUGGAUACCGCCGGCUAUGUCAUGUCGAACAAGUAGAGAUGCCAUCGAGAGCUUUUCGAGAGCUGUUGGCCCAUGGAUUGUUUCCCCCAACGCAUAUAGGAUAUAGAACGCUGGUCAUCGUAUGUGACAUUACUUUGUAUGUUUCGUAACUUAAUGGACGCCUGCCGUGAAAUGCCGUGCC